AUAGAUAAAAAUAGAGAAUUAAUAAAAUAGAAUGAGUAUGCUUCACCAUGAUGUCAAUGCAUUACCUGAAGAUAUUGUUAAAGCUCAAGUAAACAAUACUAAUGAAAAAAAGCAAUGGCCAUACUUACUCUGGAUUUAUCUUAAAUCUCUUGGAUUGUAUCAUAAUGGACCUUUUGUGACUGUUCGUAGAUGUUCAAAAUGCAAAGGGAUUGGUCAUGAAGAUUUCACAUCAUCUGGUUCGUUUAAAAUGUACCACUGUGAAGUUUGUGAAAGUUUUCUUUGGGAUCAUGAUGGCCACAUUAACUUUAUAACUGACGAAAUCAUUGGUGCAAAACGAUUAAACCAUCGCGGAAGUUUUUUACUUUCAAUCAUCUGGUUGCUUCUGAUUAUAACAUCUAUUUUAACUUUAAUUGUCAUCGACCUUAUUAAUUUUAAAAGAAGUUCUAGUGAUAUAGUUGAGUUGUUUUCAUCAAUAUGCUUAAAAGUAUUGUUGACUAUCCCUACUUUUAUUGCUAUAGUGUGCAACUUUUUUACAACUUUCCAUGAAUUUGCACCAGGAGUUUGGGCAUCAGCAAUAAGUCCUGUAUUCAUUGUUCAACGCUUGCGUUGGAUAAACAUGCGAAAAACUCGAAUGGCUGGAUAUGGACUGUUUUUUGGAAGCGUAUUCUUUAUAGCAAUUCAAUGCAGCAGAGUCACACAAGAUUUAUACGCAUAUGACUGGGAUUUUAAUUAUUUUACUCCAAUGGAGUAUUUUACAAUUGUUGUCGGCAUUUUCAACUUUGGUGGAAUUAGUUACCUAGCUUACUUACUGCGAAAAAGCUUCGAAAAAGAAGUUCGAUUAGUCUGUAAGUUUACCACAUUUUAUAUAUCUAAUGUUGAUUUGUGUCGCUUGAGGCUUGCUGCUACGUUUGAUACAUUUCAUGUGUUUCGUGAGUUUACAUCUGGCUGGAUGUCAAUGAAUGUUGUUUUUGCUAUAAUCUCAACUCUCCUUGAAAUUCAUGUGUGGAUUGUUGCAACAGAAAAAAUGCCUCUUUACAGAUAUGAGCGAUUGGUUUUUCUUUUUUCUUGUUUUAUUUUGCCUAUACUUGUUAUUGGUAAUGUCAGUGUUGAUUAUCUGUGGAAUCGGUUAGUUCGCCAGAUAAGCAGAAUGAGAAAUUCUCACCAGGAACAAAAUUGGGAUAAGUUAAUGCAGUUCUUAAAUGAACAGAAGCCUGGUAAUAGACCAUGGCAAUCUGUAAUGGCAUUCAUUUUAUCUAUUAUUGCAGUAUUCUCUGCAAUUCAGUUCCGACUUUUAAAUAGCAAAGCAAUUAAUAAUGCAACUAGUUUUCAAGGUAUUAAUGUUACAGAGGUUUUUGGCUAGCAUUUUAAAAUUUAAUAGCUUUAUAAUUGUAUAUUGUUUGUCUGUUUUUAUUUUUGAAUUUAGUAUGUUUGUUUUUUCUUAAUAAAAUUUUUUACUUAUUUCUUUUUUAACUGAGUGAAAAUAAUUUUUUUUUAAAGUUUUUGAAUUGUUUUAUAGUUUUUAUUGUGUUUUAAUAUAUUAU